AUGUCACAUUACGAUUGGCCCCUCUCACCAAUAUACGAACUUCCCCUCUCUUCCUCUUCCUCUUCCUCUUCAUUCGAGCCUAUCUCUGAAAUACCAGAAUCCUAUACACGUACCUCUUUAUCAAUCAGCUUAUCGAUCUGCAAAGCCCGAUCUACUGUCUUUGCUCUCCUAGCAAGGCAAGAUGAUGAACCUCAAGUGACGACCGCACCUAAAUAUCGGAUGAAAAGAGCUAAAGAUCUAUUGACGUUAAGAAGGGUUAUGCCGCUCUUGACGAUCUUGUUGAUCACUUUGACGUUUAGUUAUCUCACUAUCAGACGGGAGCCGGGUGUUGAUUGGGAAAGCCAUGGGAAUGGGUAUGAGAAGAGAGGUGGAGUGGGAUUCAAAGGGUUGGAUGAGAUGGUACCUACUGGAUUUGUGGAGUGA